AUCUGAUACUAGGUCGGGAUCCAUCAAGUGGACGAUAGAAUAUUGGAAGUUUGGAACAGUACUCCGUUCUGAGGUUAAAAUGUGGAACUGACUUCGGAGCUGUUCUUUGUGUCUGAUUCGGGGCAAUACUUAGCAGUUAGCACGUGUUUAUUGUAUGAUGCUCGUUCUCAGGUCUGCAGAGGGGUAGAAGUAGAACUCGAGAUUGACAACAAAGAAAGCAGUAAUCGGUUUGCUUUUUGAUGCUGCUAAUUCAAUCUCACCUGAAACCCUCCUUUCGCUCGAAUUCUGUUGGCCAUGGCUCCUCCGGCACAAUUUCAGAGAUCUACGUCUUCUUCUCAGCCAUCAGGAAAAGGAGAAGUCUCCGAUCUGAAGAUGCAACUCCGGCAGCUCGCCGGCAGUCGUGCACAGGGCACCGAUGAUUCAAAGAGAGAGCUGUUCAAGAAGGCUAUUUCGUUCAUGACGGUUGGCAUCGAUGUAUCCUCUUUGUUUAGCGAGAUGGUGAUGUGUUCAGCCACAUCGGACAUUGUUCUGAAGAAGAUGUGUUAUCUCUACGUUGGGAAUUAUGCUAAAGGGAAUCCGGACCUGUCGCUUCUCACUAUCAAUUUCCUUCAGAAGGAUUGCCGUGACGAGGAUCCGAUGAUUAGAGGGCUUGCAUUGAGGAGUCUCUGUUCUCUGCGAGUAGCAAAUUUAGUGGAGUACCUCGUGGGACCGUUGGGAUCGGGUUUGAAGGACAACAACUGUUAUGUAAGAACCGUUGCUGCUAUUGGAGUUUUGAAGCUGUAUCAUAUAUCACCAUCAACUUGUGUCGAUGCUGACUUCCCCUCAGUGCUUAAAACUCUUAUGCUUAAAGACCCUGAUGCUCAGGUAGUUGCAAAUUGUUUAUCUGCCUUGCAAGAGAUUUGGAGCUUGGAGGCAGGUACAUCUGAGGAAGCAUCUAGGGAAAGAGAAGCAUUUCUUAGCAAGCCAGUAAUCUAUUACUUUCUAAAUCGGAUAAAGGAAUUCAGUGAAUGGGCACAGUGUAUAGUACUUGACUUGGUGGCUAAGUACAUACCUUCGGACAACAAUGAGAUAUUUGACAUCAUGAAUCUCCUUGAGGAUAGACUUCAACAUGCAAAUGGUGCUGUUGUCUUGGCAACAAUCAAGGUGUUUCUGCAUCUUACCUUGUCCAUGACUGAUGUUCAUCAGCAGGUAUAUGAGCGCAUCAAAGCCCCUCUACUAACCCUAGUGAGCUCAGGAAGUCAAGAACAAUCUUAUGCUGUAUUAAGCCACCUGCAUCUGUUGGUGAUGCGUGCACCAAUGCUGUUUUCUUCAGAUUACAAACACUUCUAUUGCCAGUACAAUGAACCAUCAUAUGUUAAGAAACUGAAGCUUGAAAUGUUGACUGCAGUGGCAAAUGAGAGCAACACAUACGAAAUUGUGACGGAAUUAUGUGAAUAUGCUGCAAAUGUUGAUGUGCCUAUUGCAAGAGAGUCAAUUCGAGCUGUAGGGAAAAUAGCACUUCAGCAGUAUGAUAUAAAUGCAAUUGUUGACAGACUUCUUCAGUUUCUGGAGAUGGAAAAGGACUAUGUCACUGCUGAAACACUGGUGCUUGUGAAAGAUCUUCUACGGAAAUAUCCUCAAUGGAGUCAUGAUUGUAUUGCUGUCGUUGGGAAUAUCAGCAGCAAAAAUGUGCAAGAGCCCAAGGCAAAGGCAGCUCUUAUAUGGAUGUUGGGGGAGUAUUCUCAGGACAUGAUUGAUGCUCCUUAUAUUUUGGAAAGUCUUAUUGACAAUUGGGAUGAUGAACAUUCUGCAGAGGUUCGCUUACAUCUUCUUACUUCAGUGUUGAAGUGUUUCUUUAAGAGGCCACCUGAGACUCAAAAAGCUUUGGGAGCUGCCUUGGCUGCAGGACUUGCUGAUUCUCACCAGGAUGUUCAUGAUCGAGCCUUACUCUACUAUAGGGUUUUACAAUACAAUGUAUCUGUAGCAGAAUGUUUGGUGAACCCUCCGAAGCAAGCUGUUUCAGUCUUUGCUGAUACUCAGAAUAGUGAAAUCAAAGAUCGCAUAUUUGAUGAAUUCAACAGCCUAUCUGUCAUAUAUCAGAAGCCAUCUUAUAUGUUCACCGAUAAAGAACACCAAGGGCCGUUUGAGUUUUCAGAAGAACUUGGAAGUUUGUCUGUAGGAAUCGAAUCGGCUGAUAAUGUAAGUCCGGCCCAGAGAGUUGAAGCAAGUGACAAUGAUCUACUGCUAAGCACUUCAGAGAAGGAAGAAAGUAGAGGUCCUAGUAGCAAUGGCUCUGCAUACAGUGCUCCUGUAUACGAUGGUUUGACUGCUUCACAGACGCAAUUAGAACCUGCUUUUCAAAACCAAGCUUUACCGGUGUAUUCUCCGCAAGAUGGCUUGGCUAUUGAUGAUCUGCUUGGUUUAGGUCCUCCAGCUGCACCUGCACCCCCUCCUUUGAAGCUUAAUGCAAGAACUGUCUUAGAUCCAAGCACUUUCCAGAGAAAGUGGGGCCAACUUUCAGUAUCUCUGUCACAGGAGUGCUCCAUAAGCCCUCAAGGAACCGAAUUUACGGCAUCUGAGAUUGCUGAAGUUGAUAAUGGAUCUAAACUACAAUUAGAUGUGUAUCUAGAUGAACCAAAGACCCCAUUCAAUGAUGACAUCAAUGGUUUUGAUGUGUUGUCGUUUUGGAGAUCAAAUUGGACAAGGUUUCUAGAUGUGGCUCGAAUGGCUCAUGAUGUCUUAGCUAUUCCAGUUUCAACGGUUGCCUCGAAGUCUUCUUUUAGUGCAGGGGGUCAUGUUAUUGACAAGUAUCUAACUGAGCCUGUUGAUGAUGCAAAUGACAUGGCCGAUGUAGUAAAACAUGUGUUGUUAAUGCCAAAGCCAAACAGUGAAAGGGGGUGUGGACCAAUUGGAACUCCUCAAGCUUCAUCAUGGGCUGGUUCUAAUUUGUGA